AUGCCCCUACAAAACAUCGGUCUCCAUAUGGGUGGCGUGUCGAGCGCUGUAUUUGCCGCCCAAGGUGCUUUUCUUCUGGGAAAUGCCGCCUACACCAUCCUCUAUCCAUCCUCCGCAGCCAACUUCCCUGGCUCUUCGCUCAAAGGAACUCCCAACGGCGCGGUUCAAUGUAUCGGCCUUACCUCUCUUGCUUUGGGGACAUACUAUCUGAUAUCAACCUACCAGCGGGACACUCUCAUUAUGGCUUCUUCCGUGCCCUCUCGGCUCGUGGCUGCAUUUGUGAUGUAUCGAGCCGGUGGAAACUGGGUUCAGGUUGCAGCUUUUGAAACCUCGAUGGCAAUAGUGGCUAGUGCAGCACUUGCUUGGGAUUGGUAUAUGUAG